AUGCCGCGAGCCAGGUUUCGCAACGCCGACGGGCUCGACGUCACCUUCGCACCAGGCACCCCUACGGUUCUCUACCCCGGCGAAACGCUCUCCGGCAGCAUCAGUCUCUCUAGUAUCGACGACUCGGUCUCCAUCGGUUCCGUUGUAGUGACCUUCUACGGCCGCGCAAAGUGUAAGAUCUAUCAAAGCUACGGCCAGUCCUCAGCCUGGUACCGAUCCCGCGCAACGUUCUUCAACAUCGAACAAGAACUCUUCAAGAGCGACUACACCUACGGGCCCGGCGAACGCUCUUGGCCCUUUAGCAUCCAGCUGCCCUUCGUGGCCGAUGAGACGCAACUGACAGGCAAAAAGAAGGACCGCUUCAAGCCGCAUAGCAGCUACCUGAGUACCGAUGAUAUCGAUGUGGUGGAGCAGGAGAUGCCGCCGCCUAUGUAUCAUUAUCACGGCAUGUUUGGCCGUGCCUGCUGGGCGUAUGUCGAGUAUGUACUAGAAGCGACGGUGACGGAAGCCAAAGGCACUCACACAUUUCGAGGGCCCAAGUCCAGAACUUCGGUCCGCCCGAUCAACUUCCAGCCAGCACGGCGAGAGGAGGUGCUGACCGACUGGGCCAUGGAUGCCUGGAAGAAGCAGCUCGUCCUGAAAUCUUCCAGACUGUCAGAUGCUGGAGAUAGUCUGGCGCCAACGACCUCCACUGGAGCAGACGGAGCCCGACUCUCCCCACAGCCUAGCAAUGACCCCGUGGCGAGGACGACGUCGCGCGGCAACAGUCCACUACGCAGCUUGUUCUCCGGCCUGUCGGUGUCCUCGUCGUCUACACCGCGCCUGACCCUCAACUGCACGGUGUCCUUCCCAACCGCACUACAGGUCUACCACCCGGAUCCAAUCCCAUUCCACCUCACGGUCACGCCAGACUUCAACUCCCAGUCCACCACGCUCGACCCUGCAGCCCUUCCAACCAUCAGGAUCAAAUCCUUCGAUUUUCGCGUCAUGUGCACCACCAUGACGCGCGCCCAGCACCUUGUCCUCCCACAAGAAGACCAAAAGACUGUCGCUAUCAUCCUCGCCAAAGACGUCGGACUAAACCAGACCAUCCAGCUCACCGCACCCACCACCCUCGGCACCAGCGAUAAAGACAAACCCGCUUUCACCACGACGGCUGGCUCCGACUCCAACGCCAUCAACCUCUCCACCCUACACCCCCUCCACCUGACCUCCGCCAAGCUCGGUCGCCUACACGAACCCAUCCUCAACCCCACCUUCACGACCUACAACGUCGCGCGCCAGUUCGGUCUGCGCUGGAGCAUCGAGCUUGAGAUCGUCACGCCGCAGAAAACCUUCACCGAGAAGCUCAGGGGUGAGGUGCCACGUGGCGGAGUCACAGUGCGCGGCAUCCCAGACUCGUUGCGAACUCAAGUUGUGGCUAACGUGGAUGGGGCCGGGGAUCUGGUGGACUAUGAGGAGCUGGAGCAGGGGAUUCGGCAUCCGAGAGACGAUGAUGACGAGGAUGACGAUGAGGGGUCAGAGGGAAGGGGAGUGGAUGAGAAGAAGGGCCUCAAGGGUCUGUUGCGGCGCCCUCAUGACGGGGGAAGGGUCAAGAAGGAGAAGGGAAAAGACAAAGAGAAGGAGGAGUACGCCCGUGAGGACCGUGUGAGGGCUGAAGGCCAGGAUGGAGGCGGGGGCGAGCAGCUGCCGAAGUACGAAGCCUAG